AUGCUCUGUGAGACAAAGAUGGAAAACGACAGUAGCAGCCAACUGUUGAUGAAACUUGUACAACAGCAACUACUGCUCUCGAUGUUUUCGCGACCAGAACUGAAAAUUACCAGGGAGCUCGAGGGCGCAUGUGAGAAGCGAAUGUCAGAGCCAGUUGAACAAAGAGAGAAACCCGUUGGAAAUAGGCGAAGGUCUGAGGCAAAUGCUCGAGAAAGAAAUCGCGUCCAGCACCUCGGUGAUAUGUUUGAUCGGUUGAAGUCCGUUCUACCAAUUGAGCUAGAUGUGAAGAUCUCCAAACUCGCAACCCUAAGGGUAUGGUGCUUUUUUGACUCCUCAGUUCUGAGAUAA